AUGGCGGCACACUUUUCUUCGGACUUCCUGCGACCCGACGAUGAUCGAGAAGACAGAUAUGACAAAAACUUCGGCCACCACCGGUCGCGUUCAGGAGGUUAUGUGGACCAUUUAGAAGAACAAGCCAGGUGGGAUAGGCGCGACCGAGAACGCCAGAUGAAACGGUAUCAUGAUAGCCAAUACGGCAGAUCAUCGUCUUCCAGAUAUUUCAACCAACCCACAAGCCCUGACCGGCUGGGUGUCCCUGUUUUCGAAAUAAACCGGAAGCCACGAUCAAGUUCACACAGCGACGCAAGAGAGAGGGAACUGAAAAAGGACUACAAUGUACGCGAAGUACGACCAGGCCCUGCAGUAUUCAACGAUGAGGAAUACGCCAGAGAUUCCAACCCCUUGAGUCAAUUACCAGUCAGAACGAAGCCAAAGCCGCAGCACCAGAAGAAACCAAGCAUCAAGGUGGAUAUACAUCAAGACAAACCCCCCAUUCCCAGCAUGGAUUCAGCUUCCACACCAAAGCGCAGUCCAAACGCUAGCCCAAGAUCACCUAUCGUGCAACCACAACUGCUCUAUCAGUUCGAAAUGGUUCAAAACAAGCUGAGCCAGAUCAACAAGACGUGCGCGCCAUACAUAGACGUCGAAGCAGCCAAACCCCAAGACCUAACGUUCGAGAAGAUAUCCGAGCAAGCAAACGCAUUCUCAUUUGACCUGGAAGUAUGUGCCCACAUCACCAAUCUCGACGGCCUGGCAGCAUACGACCUACGCAAAAAAGGCGUCUUGGACGCCGCAUCAAAAGGCCUUGAUCGCCUAAUUGAUUCAAUCACAGAGCUGAACAGUGCUUGUUCACAAGCCAAGCCAAAAGACCUCAAGUUUGAAAAACUCCCCAAAGUUGACGAUGACAACUUGUUCAAUGAAGAUGACUAUGACGGCGAUGAACCUCACUACACAGACUCCCUCAGCUUCGUCAUUCACGCCUGUCUACACAGCAUCGAGCUACAGAUUCAGAACCUAAAGUUACUAAGCCGAACGCUACAAGAGGCGACACCAGAUGCGAGGGACGAAGUGGAUGCUGUUUCGAGGAUAGUAGCGGAGAGCGUGAAGUACUUUGGAUCCAAGGAAGCGUUGCGGCGCUACUCGAUAGAUGAGAGAUUUUCGGGGAGGAAAGCUUUGGAAGAAGCGAGAAUUGCGAAUUCGGGGCGAACAGGUAGAGGUUAUACACGGCUUGUAUAG